AUGUCCGCCGAGUUCAUUCAGUCAAUGACUUUGGACUCCAUCUGUCGUUGUGGCCACUCAGGACAGGAGGGGGUUGUGAGUUGCAUCGAGUCACUGGGCUCUAAAGCCAGUUCAGGCUGGGUCACUGCUGCACUUGCACUGCUUCUUCCAAAGAUGCUGCAUGCAGCUGUUCUGAAGAUGCUGGUUCUAGAUGGUGAAUCAGUCUAUAUCUUGAUGUCUCAUCCUAUUUUGCUUCUUAUAGCCAGGAUAAUCCUUGUGAAUUCAAGACGCAAACUUACAUCUAUUCAGACCUUAUCUUGGUGGACUCUAAGAUGUGUGAAUAUUCACCAGCAGUUGUUAGAGGAGAGAUCACCUGAGCUCUUUACCCUUGCCCAGGCCUGUAUAAAACAAGUGUCAGAAGCAGAAGCUUUGUUCACAGGCGGAGAAAGCUGGCACUUAGCAGUUCAGUUCCACCUGGAGUGUGCCUAUACAUUUCUGUAUUACUAUGAGUAUAAAAAAGCUAAGCAGUGCUUCAGUACAGCUAAAGACAUAACGAAACUGCAGAUUAAUCUAACAGGUGCUUUGGGGAAGAGAACACGAUUUCAGGAAAAAUAUGUUGCACAGCUUAUUUUGGAUGUCCAAAGAACAGAUGAAUUCGUCCUUCCUUACAGUGAACUGAGUCCAGCUCCAACACCUCUAGAAAACUUAACAAUGAAUUAUGAUUUAAAUGAUGAUACAGUGCUUAAUGAGAUAAAAUUAGCAGAUGCUGAUCAGUACCAUUUACCUGAUUUGUGUGCAGAAGAGCUUGCUGUAAUCCUUGGAAUAUG